UGUUGUGACUGCAUCCCCUUGGGGUUGGGAGGCAGCACUGGGACAGGCACAGGUGACACUCAGGCCCCACCAAGUGGGAUUUUAACCGAGCUGAGAGGUGAGUCCAGCAGCUCUGGAUAUCUCAGCUCGUCAUUCCAGUGGAAAUUCCAUUCCUGGCUGUCAGCUGGAGGCUGGGAAGCAAAUCCUGUCCCCGAAAAGCUCCGUGGUGCUGACUCCUUGCCUUGCCUUGCCUUUGCAGCUGUCCCAUUCCCUCCCACGCAGAGGCUGACUCUGAAGGAGGUGUUUGAGGAUGGGAAGCCCAGGCUCGACGUCCUCAAGAGCCACUUGGUGAAGGAAGGGCGGCUGGAGGAGGAGGCGGCGCUGAAAAUCAUCAACGACGGCGCCGCCAUCCUGAGGCACGAGAAAACCAUGAUCGAGGUGGAGGCGCCGAUCACAGUGUGUGGUGACAUCCACGGGCAGUUCUUUGACCUGAUGAAGCUGUUUGAAGUGGGAGGAUCACCCAAUAACACCCGCUACCUCUUCCUGGGGGACUACGUGGACAGAGGCUACUUCAGUAUAGAGUGUGUGCUGUAUUUAUGGAGUUUAAAGAUAAAUCAUCCCAAAACGUUGUUCCUCCUUCGAGGGAACCACGAGUGCAGGCACCUCACAGAAUAUUUCACCUUCAAGCAGGAAUGUCGAAUCAAGUACUCGGAGCGAGUGUACGACGCGUGCAUGGACACCUUCGACUGUCUUCCUCUUGCUGCCCUCCUCAACCAGCAGUUCCUGUGUGUGCACGGGGGCCUCUCUCCAGAAAUCACAUGUCUAGAUGACAUUAGGAAAUUAGACAGGUUUAAGGAGCCUCCAGCCUUUGGUCCCAUGUGUGACCUGCUGUGGUCGGAUCCCUCGGAGGAUUACGGCAACGAGAAAACCCUGGAGCAUUUUGCCCACAACACUGUCCGAGGCUGCUCCUAUUUCUACAGUUAUCCUGCAGUGUGUGAAUUUUUGCAGAACAAUAGUUUGUUAUCCGUAAUCCGAGCUCACGAAGCCCAGGAUGCUGGGUACCGAAUGUACAGGAAGAGCCAGACCACGGGCUUUCCCUCGUUAAUCACAAUCUUCUCUGCACCAAAUUACUUAGAUGUCUAUAACAACAAGGCUGCUGUACUGAAAUACGAAAACAACGUCAUGAACAUCAGGCAGUUCAACUGCUCCCCUCACCCCUACUGGCUCCCAAACUUCAUGGAUGUCUUCACAUGGUCCUUGCCUUUUGUAGGGGAAAAGGUCACUGAGAUGCUGGUGAACAUCCUCAACAUCUGCUCCGACGACGAGCUGAUCUCGGACGGCGACGAGACGUUGGAAGAUCACUACAUUUCAAGCUAUCCGAAAGGUGGGACGACGGUGCGGAAGGAGAUCAUCAGGAACAAGAUCAGAGCCAUUGGGAAGAUGGCACGGGUGUUCUCAGUCCUUCGGGAGGAGAGCGAGAGCGUGCUGACCCUCAAAGGGCUGACCCCCACAGGUACCCUGCCCCUGGGAGUGCUCUCGGGGGGGAGGCAGACCCUGCAGACCGCCACAGUAGAAGCGGUAGAGGCACGGGAAGGUAUGGCUAGAACCCGGCGAGAGACUCAAAUCAUCUCCGUGUGUGCGUGCUCAUCCUAAAGAGCUUUACCAGCCCUUAACAGAA